CGCUCCCCCGGCACGCUGGACCGGCGCUCCGACCCAGGCGGCAUCUCGCCAUCGGCCGCUUUUGCUAUGGCGAUGGAGGAGCUCGACGAGUUCGAGGUGCUCUGGCCGGAGACCUGCUGCCACACGAGCGAGCCGCCGCCGAGAGCGUCGCCUGCGCCGGUGCAGCCGUCGUCCGAGGCGCCCGCCGCGGCGCGCUCUCGCCCCGUGGACGUUCCCAACCCCAAGGCCGCCCGGGCGCGCCGGUGGGACGGGCCGAGGGACGACGGUGACCGUCGUGAUGAUGACCGCGGCGGCGGGAAAGCUAAUAUCGUUCCGCCGCACCUGCUGGUGUCCGGCAGGCGGCGGUCGGAGACGGCGUGGACGCUGCGAGCGUCGUCCGGCCCGCCGCCGUGCAAGCAAGCGCGCGACCUGCGCCAGCUCCGCACCUCCGUGCUGCGGAUGACCGGCUUCAUUGAAGGAUAACGCCGACUGCCGACCUGCUGGAUGCCUUGAACGGCUGUGUGUGCAGUGUGCAAGCCUGGGGUGUGCGCUGUGCUGUCUGCUCGUGUAACAACGGUCGUCGCAAACUCCAUCACGGCAUGGUAUCUGGUGUACUUCGAUUUGUACUCGCGGUCAAAAUGGAAAUUCCUACAUGGCGGCUAUAUUUCGAGUUUGGAAUCUGUAGGUUGGAUCUGGACCA